AACUAUGCAUUCUCCUCUCUUUUUCCUUCCCUGAUUGCCCAUUCUUACCCUUCCAAAAGCCCACUGUCGGCAAACCUCAUACUUGGUAAUAAGAUUUACAUUAUACAUUUAUAUAAUAGGAUAUUGGUAUUAGCAGGAGAAAGCUUAGCUGUUUUGUCUGUACUUUGGCUUUACAUAGAGGAGGCACUCAAAUCUUUAUAAUUUGAUAUUAUCUUUGCUUCCAACCACCUUCCAAUUGUCCCAAACCAAUGCCCUUUCUUCUUUUCUUUAUUCACUCAUUCUCACUAAUCCAUCCAAACCAACAAAAAAAAAAAAAAGUUAAGAAAGGCUUUCUCUUUCCCUUCUAUAUGGCUUUACAGGGUACCUACCAAAUUCCACCUACAAGUAUAAAAUCCUACUAAAACCUCACCACUUCCUAGCAAAUACCCUACAACUUUUUCUUGCUCCCUCCCUUUCUUUUCUUCUCUCUCUCUUUCUUAGCCUACAGUGUCAAGAAAACCCAAAUUUUUUCUUGGUAUAAAUCCGUUUUAGGAACUUCAUUUCCCACAACAAGAACUUCAUCUCUCACUCUAAGUCUAAACUAGGUACAAAAAAAAUGGCAGCAUCUUCUCUUGCAAUUUCUCCAAGAAAGCUCCGGUCAGAUCUAUACUCCUAUUCCUACCAAAAUGACUCCAGCAUUCCUCUUGUAAUCUCUGUUCUUGCUUCUCUCAUUGAAAGAACCAUGGCAAGGAAUGAAAGAAUAGCCAAGAAUUGUUCUUGGGCAUUAUCAAAAGACAUUAAAACUCGAGUCUUUGAUUGCUAUGAGACUCCAGACAUGACAAUUCAAUCCUAUCUCGAGAGAAUUUUUCGAUACACUAGAACUGGGCCUUCUGUUUAUGUUGUUGCUUAUGUUUACAUCGAUCGAUUUUGCCAAGCGAAUCCUGGGUUUAGAAUCAGUGCAAGAAAUGUACACAGGCUUCUUAUUACGACAGUCAUGGUUGCUUCCAAAUAUGUAGAAGACAUGAAUUAUAGAAAUUCUUAUUUUGCAAGAGUUGGCGGAUUAACCACGAACGAAUUGAACAAAUUGGAGCUGGAAUUUUUGUUCAUGAUGGGUUUCAAAAUGCAUGUGAAUGUUAGUGUCUUCGAGAGCUAUUGCAGCCAUUUAGAAAGGGAAGUGAGCAUCGGAGGAGGAUAUCACAUAGAGAAGACUUUGAGAUGUGCUGAAGAAAUCAAAUCAGGGCAAACUGAAGAUAAGAGAUACAUUAAUCAAAUUGCUCGGAUUAUGCUGUAGACUAAAAUUUGAAGAGGAAUUUUGGCAGUUUUGCCUACCAUUAUAGGAGGUGUAUCAAUUGUACAGAUUGAAAUGUAUAAACAUGUGAUCUUUUCUUGUGUUUUUGAAUUUGGGAUUUUGCUAAAGUGUAGUGUAAAAGUCAAUUAGAGAGUGCUAUGUAAUUAUAUUCUGUGUUCUUAACAAAAUGGAAAAGUGAAAAAUUACAAGCAGAUUGCUCAUAA